AUGGGGGCAAAGGCUAAUUGGAGACUCUGGCCUCUUGCUCACUGCCCUCUCAUCGUGGCCGAGAUCGUUCUGGGGCUGCUGGUAUGGACACUGAUCGCCGGAACUGAGUACUUCCGGGUCCCAGCAUUUGGCUGGGUCAUGUUUGUAGCUGUAUUUUACUGGGUCCUCACCGUCUUCUUCCUCAUUAUCUACAUAACAAUGACCUACACCAGGAUUCCUCAGGUGCCCUGGACAACAGUGGGCCUGUGCUUUAACAGCAGUGCCUUCGUCCUGUACCUCUCUGCUGCUGUUGUCGACGCAUCUUCCGUCUCCCCUGAGAGGGACAGCCACAACUUCAACAGCUGGGCGGCCUCCUCGUUCUUUGCCUUCCUGGUCACCAUCUGCUACGCUGGAAAUACAUAUUUCAGUUUUAUAGCAUGGAGAUCCAGGACCGUGCAGUGAUUUAUCAUUUUGAUAAUUAAACGGAAAAAAAAAAAGAAUCCCACUGUAAAAACAGCUGAAGGUAUAAUGUAUAUUCAUAGAGAAUUGUAUUUAACUAAUGUUUUUUAUAUACUUAAAUUUGCUCACAAAUUGUGGUUUGUUGCAAUUAAACUAGAUACUUAUUUGCAAAGUGUUGUAGCUUAUACUGAACUCUUAAGUAUCUUAUUAAUGUCUUCAUAGAUCCUAUUUUCUUAGACAAUGUUUAAAUAGAUAAAUUGCUAAUAUUGAGAAUGUGUCAAGUUUGUAAACCCAACUUUUAAGAUGCCAGAAUCUUUUUGGAUUAAAUAUUGCAAAACCCCA